AAAACACUUCCUGGAAGGCUUCUCUCGCGCAUCCUCGCUCACGGCUCCUACGAGAUCGAGGAGCGAGGAAACGACAAAUAAGAGACUAAUAAGGAAAAAGAAAACAGGACCCAGACCGUCGGUGGAAGGGAGCGGUCGAAACAGUUUGUUGUAAAAAAAAAAAACUCAAAGAAGGCUUCUCAUUGGUCUGUUGUCAUCUGCAUGACCGUUCACCCCCCCGUCAAUCUCUCCCUGACAUGCUAGCUGCAGAGUUCUUGCUAGUUGUGAACACUAGCAUGCUGAAGUAACCAAACCGCCCUUCAACUCGGUCACAGGGUUCGCGAGAUAUGACACGAAAGAGGACAAACGGUCGGAAAGAUGCGGAUAGUUAGCCCGGCGUUAAUGCCUGUUUGCGCUUAUACUCCAGUCAUGGUGGGGUUUUUCCAGAGAACAUUAAGACUGAGGACCGCUCUCAGACAUCUCAGCCCCCACAGCACCUUCUCAUCAACAGCCACAGCAGGACGUCCACCUGUGGACCUUUGCGGUUCUUUUCUUCCUGCCACCUCAUGGCAGUCUGGAGUCUGCUGUCGAAAGCUGCACUCCGGGGCAGACGGGUCCAAGCCGUCCCCGGCCGCGGCCCCAGACAGGCGGCCCUUCUCCAGAAUAACUCGGGAAGAUUUAGACUCCUUCAGGAAGAUCGUACCGGGCAGAGUCAUCACUGACCCUGACCUGCUGGAGUCCAGCAAUGUGGAUUGGCUCAAGUCCGUGAGAGGUUCCAGUGAAGUGUUACUGAGACCUCAAACAACAGAGGAAGUUUCUAAAAUUCUCAAGUAUUGUAACGGUCGUAAUCUGGCAUUGAACCCUCAAGGAGGUAACACUGGGCUGGUUGGAGGCAGCGUGCCUGUUUAUGAUGAGAUCGUCCUCUCCACUGCCCUUAUGAACAACAUCCUUACUUUUGAUGGUAUCUCUGGAUUAUUUCCUCCAUCUGGCAGGGAUUCUGACCUGUCAGGCAGGUUGUGUCUUGGAGAACGUGUCCAUUUACCUUGAGGAGAGAGAUUACAUCAUGCCACUUGAUCUGGGGGCAAAAGGAAGUUGCCACAUUGGGGGAAACGUGGCAACAAAUGCAGGUGGACUCCGGCUGCUGCGAUAUGGUUCCUUACACGGGACUGUGCUGGGUCUGGAGGUGGUGUUGGCAGAUGGGCGAGUGCUGGAUUGCUUGGCCACACUGCGUAAAGAUAAUACAGGAUAUGACCUCAAACAGCUCUUCAUCGGGUCAGAGGGCACACUGGGGGUCAUCACUGCAGUGUCCAUCCUUUGUCCACGGAAACCCAAAUCUGUUAAUGUGGUUUUUUUGGGCUGUGAGACUUUUGAGCAGCUCCUGAAGACAUUUCAGCUCUGCAGAGGCAUGCUGGGAGAGAUUAUGUCAGCCUACGAAUUCUUGGACAGUGAAUGUAUGAGGUUGCUGAAUACGCACCUCAAACUACCCAAUCCCAUCUCAGAUUGUUCAUUCUACGUUGUCAUAGAAACAUCGGGCUCUGACCCAACGCAUGACGGGGAGAAACUCCACAAUUUCCUAGAGGAGGCGAUGAACUCAUCAUUGGUUACCGAUGGGACUGUGGCAACUGAAGACUCGAAAAUCAAGGCUCUGUGGUCGAUGCGCGAACGGGUCACAGAGGCGCUGACUCACGAUGGCUUCACUUACAAAUAUGAUAUCUCUCUUCCGGUGGAGCGGAUCUACCAGCUGGUGACGGACAUGAGGGAGCACCUGGGGGGCCGAGCCAAGAGUGUGGUGGGAUACGGACACGUCGGAGAUGGAAACCUGCACUUGAACAUCACCUCUCCUGCCAAAGAUCCUGCUCUUCUCGCUGCCAUCGAGCCCUUUGUCUACGAGUGGACGGCCAGCUGUCACGGCAGCAUCAGUGCGGAGCACGGACUGGGCCUGAAGAAGAGGAACUAUAUCUACUACAGCAAACCCAGACAGGUUGUAGCUCUGAUGGGUGACAUCAAGGCCAUGCUGGACCCCAAGGGCAUCCUCAACCCGUACAAGACUCUACCAGAUGACCUGAAAUGAACCAAACUGUCUCAGUUGUGGGGACGUAUACAGGAGCUCCAUCUUAGCCACAACCUUAUUGCCACAUGUUUGUUUUAUUUAUGGUGGCUUCUGCUCUUUCCUAUGAAACCUUUUUCGCACAUUUAAUGUGCCAAACUGCAGGUUUUGCAAGUCGUUUCAUUGUCAUCUGCACAAAGCAUUACUUUUAGAAAGACAUCCGCAACAACAAACUUUGUACUGUAGCAGUCGUUAAACUCUAGAAUAUUACACGGGAAGUCACAGCAUUAUCAGCUCCCUCUGCUAUUCACACUUACAGGGUAGCUUUAGGCCCAUCUACUCCUUAUUCCAUAGAGAAUGAUCAUGAUUGGUGUUAAGAUGUUUGUACAUUUUAAAGUUGUGUAAAUUACUAAUGUACAUAUAAACCUGGCUAUUUAAAAUUAUACAAACUUGAUUUAUUGUGACCCAUAAAUUGUAUUUGUACAAAUGCACUCAAACUGUUAGCUAAAACUAAUGCAGUCAUUCGUUCAGGGUUUAUAAUGUUCUCGUUAAAACGUGAGUGCUGUUCAACCUCAUGGGCUUUGCUGGAAGCUGCCGUUUGUGGUGCUGUUCAACUGAAUUGAAGCUGACCUAGUUUAAUUACUAUUUUUUUUUUUUUUCAAGCCUACUCUGAUAAGAAUUGGCUGAACUAAAUAAUAGAAACACCUGCCAGUACAAUGCAAUACAGUUGAAUCAACACCUCUCAAACGGUGACAAGAAAAAGUGAACAUAACCUUCAUGAAGGUCUUUACUGCAGAACUGUUGUAUUGGACUGCAGGGAGCUGGACCCAACGACUGGCUAAUGAGUGUUCCUCUUUUCUAAAAUCACAACACAGUCUGGCUAAUCACUGCUGCAACUGUUCUAUCACAUAAAAAAUACAAAUGUAUUUGUAAAACAUUGACAUACUACAUUGGCUUUUAUUGUAUACUAUGACACUUCUUUUAUAGAAUUGCUAUGACACUACAUGUUAAUGACAUACUUCCAUUUUUUUAUGGCAUAACAUAUCGUCUAGACUUAUACAAUAACAGCUAAACGCAGGACAGUUGCAUCAGACUGCAUGCUGCUUAAAGAACUGGCAGCUGAUUGUUCAUCCAUUCAAAACUCAUCAGUGUGGACUGGUACCUUUGAGCAAGGCACCAACCCCCAACUGCUCGCAGCCAAAAACAAUAAUGCUUAUAGGUCCCGUUGGUGCAUGUCUGUAUUUUAGUAAUAAAACAAUCAAGUAUAAAGCAAGAAUUGACAGUCUGGCUAAUCACUAGGCAAGAGUGCAGUAACUGUUUUAUUCCAUAUAAAAAAAGACAAAGCAACAUUUUUAUUUUUUUUUAAACCAAACCCAGCAUUGGAAAACAAAUUCAUUUGUAACCUCACACCUCGGCAACUUUGUCUGUAAUCUUGAAUAAAACACUUUCCAAAUGAA